AUGGUCGUCGGAACGUCAUGUUCAUGCUGCCAUUUCUCGCUCUUUCUAGUUUCGUGGCUGAUAUUCACAUGUAGUGCCAAAAGGUCGCCGGGUUCGAACCUGAAGUUGAAGUGGCCUACGCCAUUUCUGAGUGGUUUCGAGGAAGUGCAUUACGACAGAUCGUUAGUGGUGCAGCAGAGCCACGAAAGACGGAGACGGUCAUUGUCAUCAUUGUUCGAGUAUCGCCCGCUUGAACUGUCCCUAAAGUAUGGAGAACGGGUACUGCAGCUGGAGCUGAAGCGAGACACUUCGGUAUUCGGCAGGAGCCAUGUGUUGGAGGAAAACGGAAGGACUGUAGCCUCGCCGGACGUGUCGCAUUUGUACAGUGGUCACGUUCUCGGCGAACCAAACAGCGUUGUGCACGGCUCAGUGAUUGACGGCGUCUUCGACGGGGACAUUUACUUGAACGGUGAUGUAUUUCAUGUGGAAAGAAUUUCGAAGUUCGGAUCGAACGUUGUUCAACCUUCGAUUCACUCCAUAGUGUACAAAGAGGAGGACAUCCAAUUUGCGAAUGUUCGGUUGAAGCGUAGUCCCAUGCGUUCCAAUGCCACAGUCGGAUGCGGUUUGCAGAAUGACGCCAUAUGUGAGUGGAUGCAGCGGAUACGGCAUUCGGCUGUUGACGAUGGGCUACCUUGGACAUUGGAUGAGACCACCGAACAGAAGGUGAAAUUUUGGCCUUCUCAUUUGGUUAAAGAACAGAAGGAAGAAGCACCCUCUCUUAAAUACCUCGCUUACCGACGAGAGGACAAUCUGAGGACUAAGCGUGACGCUGCUACCGAGACAAAUGGACAGAAAAUGCGAACUUGUAGUCUUUACCUGCAAGCGGACCAGAAACUGUGGGAACAUGUGUUUCUUCAUGAAGGUCAGAGGAACUAUGAACGAACGCGUAAUGAAAUUCUUGCUUUGUUCCAUAGUCACAUCAAAGCUGUGAAUGUGAUAUUCGAAGAUACUGAUUUCAAUGGCAUAAAGGGCAUAAAUUUUGUCGUUCAAAGGACGACCAUAUUUAACAAUCGGUCAUGUCCGGGUGGUAGCGAUGGUGGCAAUCCGUUCUGUGAAGAAAACAUGGAUAUAAGCAACUUCUUGAACCUGCAUUCCCGUAGCGAUCACUCGGACUUUUGUCUGUCUUAUGUUUUUACGUAUAGGGACUUUACUGGAGGCACCUUGGGGUUAGCUUGGGUGGCCAGCCCUCAGGUUUCAGCAUCCGGUGGAAUCUGUGAGCCGUUUAAGCAUUAUCUGGAGGGGACGCGUCGAGUGAAGCGCAGUCUGAAUACUGGCGUCGUGACGCUGGUUAACUACCACAACCGUGUUCUGCCGAGGAUCUCUCAGUUGACAUUGGCUCAUGAAUUGGGUCAUAGCUUCGGUUCAUUACACGACUAUCCGUCUCAGUGUCAGCCGGGAUUGCCGGAUGGCAACUUCUUGAUGUUCGCUUCGGCAACAGCCGGGGACAGGGUAAACAACGCUCGGUUCUCUCCGUGCUCCGUGAACAACAUAUCGGCGGUGUUGCGAGAGAUGUUCCGCCAAGCCGGUGAAAGUGUUCGACUCAGUACGAGGAAGAGGAACUGCUUUAUUUUGAGGGAGACGUCGUUUUGUGGCAACGCAAUGGUAGAAGACGGCGAGGAAUGCGACUGCGGCUUCAAUGACGACGAAUGCCGUCAACGGGGUGACUCCUGCUGCUAUCCCCGGUCGCAUGUCGGAGAGGCAAAAGGGUGUACGCGGACUCCAUGGGCUGAGUGUAGCCCGUCAGAGGGCGUUUGCUGCGAUGGUACGACAUGUAAGUACGUUCCUGCCGACAGCAGAACAUGUCGCCAGGCAUCCGAAUGCAGCCAUUCUCAGAUGUGCGAUGGGCAUCAGUCAGUGUGUCCCCCGUCGAAGCCUCGGCCGGGUGGCACAUUGUGUCAGGAGAACAGCAAGAUAUGCGAUGCCUUCGGCGCAUGCUCGCAGUCAAUAUGCUCUCUGCUAGACAUGGAUGAGUGCUUUGUGACCGAUGGCACUCCAACCGAGCAGUGCGUUCUAGCAUGCAGGAGGCAAAACGCCUCCAAUGGUCCUUGCAUUCCCAGCUACUCUCUGCCACAGCUGCGUCCUUUUUACCAUACGUCGUCGGCGGACAGCGCGACCUCUCGUCCGAACGGCAUUCUCCUUCGCCCCGGCUCACCGUGUAACGAUUUCAGGGGAUAUUGCGACGUGCUUCGGCGAUGCCGUUCCAUUGAUCCCAAUGGACCUCUAUCCCGGCUGCGACGGCUGCUGUUCGAAAGCGAGAACAUUCAGACUCUGCUUGGCUGGGUUCAGACCCACUGGUGGUCGGUGGUGCUGCUGGCCAUCGGUCUGUUGGUGACCGUCGCCAUGUUUGUCAAGUGUUGCGCGGUGCACACCCCCAGCACGAAUCCGUACAAGUCACCGGCUCGUAGCGUCUACGAUACCCUGCGGUACCCUUCGACCUUGCUGUCCCGCGGCCACCGCCGUCGAGACUGCCACGUGGUCUACUACGCGCCCUCAUCGCCCUCCUUACCGACGAACAACAACAUCAGCGAUCCUCCACCGCCGUAUUGCGCCGCUGUUCCGGAACUCGUUAUCCUCAGAGGAUACCGCGGACAUAGGCGUUGA